CCCCCGGGGCUGUAUUCUAAUAAGAUAGUCCCAAAUACUUAGUUUGAAUACAUUUUGAUGUGUUGAAUUCAAAUGCGAAAACAUGGUAAAUAAUCGAGCUGUCAGUCAUUUGAGAAGAAUCCAACUGGACUCGGAGUAUUUCCUUCUUUUGCAUGAUAACAACAGCAACAGUGGCUCGAGAGGAGAGCGCGAGACAACGCGUGCAUCCCCGAGCGCAGCGCCUGCGGAGGAAUAUCCAAGUUGUUAUUUAUUCUUCGGCUUGUUGUUCAUGUUCUAUUUUAUGAUUAACCCUCAGUCUCACGUGUGACGCUUUUGUAACGUUGAAAGUCACGAUAACUUAUUCCUACAACAGGAGUCUUGUUUUCGUUAAGGAAACGAGCUUGCUUUCGAUUCGUCCAUUUUGGUUUGCUGGCAGCGCGGAGAGGACAGGAGAGUUUCUGGGAUGCGGUGUGGAAUGGCGGUUGCCGUAGCAGCGGGCAGAGCUCUCCCACGGAGCGCGUGCGCUGGGGCCUAGUCGCGCUGGCUGUGUGAGUGAUGAUGCGGGGGUCUGCCACGGGGACAGUAGGCCCCGGUUCAGAGAGUCCGAGCGGGCUGAGCGCUGUGCGCGGACAGGUAGACGCUGGCGGUAGGGCCGGGCGCCCAGGUGACUGCGGCGGUGGAGGGAGAGUUCCGGAGCUCCUGCACCUGCGGCAGCAGCAGGCCCUACAGGCAGCCAGACAGCUCCUCCUCCAGCGGCCCGGCGGCGGCCCGACGUCCCCAAAGAACCGCGACAAACAGCCUCCGCUGCAGGUGUCGGUGGCCAUGAUGAGUCCGCAGGUGAUCACCCCCCAGCAGGUGCAGCAGAUCCUCCAGCAGCAGGUUCUGUCCCCCCAGCAGCUCCAGGCCCUGCUGCAGCAGCAACAGGCCGUCAUGCUCCAGCAGCAACAUCUACAGGAGUUUUAUAAGAAGCAGCAGGAGCAGUUACACCUGCAGCUCCUGCAGCAGCAGCACCCGGGCAAGCAGGUGAAAGAGCAGCAGCAGCAGCAGCAGUUGGCGGCGCAGCAGCUCGUGUUCCAGCAGCAGCUCCUCCAGAUGCAGCAGCUCCAGCAGCAGCAGCACCUGCUCAGCCUGCAGCGCCAGGGCCUGAUCUCCCUGCCCCCGGGCCAGGCCCCCUCGCUGCCCGGCCAGACGCUCCCGCAAGCUGGCCUGAGUCCUGUGGAGCUGCAGCAGUUAUGGAAGGACGUGAGCGCAACGCACAGCAUGGACGAGGGGGCCAUUAAACACGGCGGGCUCGACCUCACCACCACCGCCAACUCUUCCUCUUCUUCCUCCUCUACCUCCUCCUCCACCGUCUCCAAAGCCUCUCCGCCCAUCUCCCAUCACCCCUCCAUGGUGAACGGCGGCCAGUCCUCUGCGCACGGCUCCAGACGGGAGAGUGUGCUGCAGGAGGAGACGGGGGCGUCGCACUCUCUCUACGGACACGGCGUCUGCAAGUGGCCCGGCUGCGAGAGCGUCUGUGAUGACUUCGGACACUUCCUCAAGCACCUGCACAGCGAGCAUGCGCUGGACGACCGCAGCACCGCGCAGUGCCGCGUGCAGAUGCAGGUGGUGCAGCAGCUGGAGAUCCAGCUGUCUAAGGAGCGCGAGCGUCUCCAGGCCAUGAUGACCCACUUGCACAUGCGGCCCUCUGAGCCCAAGCCGUCUCCCAAACCGCUCAACUUGGUUUCGAGUGUCACCAUGUCUAAGAACCUGCCGUCUGCGUCCCCUCCAAACUUACCUCACACCCCGACCACGCCCACGGCCCCCGUCACCCCCCUGUCCCAGGUGCCCUCUGUGCUGAACCCCGCCAGCGUGCCCAGCGGGGGCGCCGUCCGGAGACGCCACUCCGACUCCAUCAAGCACUCCAUCAGCCUGUCCUCAGAGAUCGCCCCUAACUACGAGUUUUAUAAGAACGCAGACGUCAGGCCGCCGUUCACUUAUGCAACUCUCAUCAGGCAGGCCAUCAUGGAAGCCAGGGACAAUCAGCUCACGCUCAACGAGAUCUACAGCUGGUUCACCACCACGUUCGCCUACUUCAGACGCAACGCCGCCACUUGGAAGAAUGCUGUGCGGCACAACCUCAGCCUGCACAAGUGCUUUGUGCGGGUGGAGAACGUGAAGGGAGCCGUCUGGACCGUGGACGAGAUGGAGUACCAGCGGAGGCGCUCGCAGAAGAUGACGGGAAGCCCAACGCUGGUUAAAAACCUGCCGUCUGGCCUGGGCUAUGGAGCUGCUCUCAACGCCAGCCUGCAGGCUGCACUAGCGGAGAGCAGUAUGCCGUUGCUGGGCAGCGCUGGGUUCAUGAGCUGCAGUAACUCCGCCGGGCUGCUCCAGGCCUGUGCUGAGGAGCUCAACGGCUCCCUGGACCACCUGGACACCAACGGACACAGCAGCCCCGCCUACUCACCGCAGGCCCACAGGCUACCGUCAAUCCACGUCAAGGAAGAGCCGUUGAACUUGGACGACGAGGACUGUCCGAUGUCAUUAGUAACAACAGCCAAUCACAGUCCGGAGCUGGACGACGACAGGGAGCUGGAGGAGGGCGAUUUUUCGGAGGAGGUGGAGUAGCAGGGCCGGGCGGACCCCAGCUGACGGGGCGAGGCUCGUGCCAGACCUGUACUGUGACUUAUUUAUUGAGCAUGUGUCAAAGGAACGCCAGAGGACCUCUUUACAGGCCUUCUACACGGGAACCAUGAGACCGGCGGAAAACGUCCCGCUCUGUAACCUACAAAGACUCAUUUCCUAAAUGAACUCCAUGGCUUGGCCAUAAAAAUACACAAAUAAACUGUGUGUGGCUCCUGUGGCCGUCGUGGUCACAGGGAAACAGGAAGAUGUGUUCUGUAUAAAAGCUGAAGGCUUUGUGAACUCUUACUGCCAAAAAUAUCGUCAAAGAUCACCUUCGCGGUAGUCCCUGCAGUGACAGACAUUACCAGUCCCGUUUGAGUUGUUGCUCUUUUUAUCAUUCGCCAUUUGCACAAGUGUAGUUUCAGAACUUAGCAUCACGAGCCUGUAUGUUGCUAAAUGACCAGUAUUUUUAGUUUUUAUUAACUACUUCAUUGAAUUAUAAUUUUGGCACCGACACAUUUAAAUGAAAUCCGAUUCAUCACAUCAAUAACAGAAGAACCACAAAUAUCAACUUGCAGCUUAGAGAAAAAACUUAACUAGACUUUUUUUUUUUGUUAAACUUUGUACGUGCUGAAAUGUGACGUGCGGCAUCAUGUUGAAACUGUGCCAGCACAGUUGUGGGGGGGUGGGGGGUUGCAUUUUGUCACUAUCUGUCACUCCUCAGUUUACCUCCGUGUUCUAAAGCUUUGCGAACAGUCGAAGGCAGCAGCUAGAAACCAAAGCCAGCUCUUUCAGUGGCUGACGAGCAGGACGGUGGGGCAGCCAUAACCCCCCGGGUCGGCCCUGCCCAAACUUUAAUUAGCAUGACGAACGGAAGCUUUCCGCAAACUACCUUUCUGAUUUAAAACUCUGGGAUUCUUUCAUUUAGCCCUGUACAAAGAUAACUGAAGCGUGUUGAGCUGAUCGCUGGUAGAGGGGUCCACCUGGAGGUCCGGAAGGGGCCAGCCCAUGGGGCUACAGGGAUGCAGGCGUUUGAGAGACCUUGGGGGGGGGUACAGCAUGGGGGGACAGCACAUAAAUCAUGAAGAUUCUGACCAAAACAACACGUGUGUGUUUAAGUGAAAGUGUCGAUAUUUGUUGUAAAGCAUUUUGUUUUAUUUUUAUUCCAGUUUUCACCAUGCCUAUGCUUUUUGGCAUUGAUCCUACCAUUUCUCCACAGCUGCAUAAAUUGAAAGUGAAGACACAGUAACCAAACAUUAAACAUCUAGUAAAGCCAAAUAAUAAUAAUAAUAAUAAUACACACCUGGAUUGGUUAGGGCAAAAUAAAGGGUAUAGACAUUGUUGAAUAUGAUAUCGCCGGUGAAAGUAACAUUUUCUAGGUGACAUUGCAUCUGUAAUUUAUUGUAAUUUUCAUUCUGCAUUAAUUAAUCUGUGGCUUGUCAUCUAAAUCGGUAAAAGUGUCAACAGUGGAGGUUGCUCAGUACAUGACUCUUAGCUUUGCCACGUGCCACUUAAUUACCACAUUUUAUGCUGCAUAUUUAAUAAUGAAAUCAUUUGGACUGAACUGAAAGUAGCAAUUGUGAAAAUUUGAGUUUGAGUAGUGUCGCUGAAUGUCAUCUAGAAAAGUGAACGCAUUGCUUUAACAGUCGCUUCUGUUUUCAUUCAAACCAAAGCUACACAAAAUCCUGCCUCCUCCUGAGGCGUAACAGACUCCCUAUAAUACAUGCCCGCCAUCUUGUCUACACCCUGUGCCAUCUUAUCUGUGCUUAAACCAAUGCCUCAGAACACAUCGCUCAUUAGUAAUAAUGCAUUGUGUUGUGUAUGAUAUGCCAGUGUACACCUUCUCUGUGGGUAUUAAUGCACUGUAAUACUGUGUGUUGCUUUUAAAGUUCUGUUUUUUGUGUUUAUAAUGCUUUAUUUCAACCCUUCAACUGUGGAACCUCAGCUUUCUGAUGUUUAUUGCUUUACUGAUGGGUUUAGAUGAAAGUGGUUGUCAGAGCUGAAAAAAAAUGCACGCGCGUGUACAUACAUACAUACACACACUCGUGCGCACACACACACACGCAAACACACACGCACACUUGUGCACACACACAUACACACGCACUUGUGUGCGCACACACACACUCGUGCGCGCAUACACCAGUUCCAUUAGAAGGGGCUGGGUGCUGCAUUGAAGUUCUGGGCUAUCCGUUGUCAGAGUUGGCAAAACAGACUCAGUGACUCGGUGAAUAUAAUUAUCUUCCACACCAAAUACGAGGACAUGUCGUCUUUGAAAAAAGAAAAAGGGUUCUCCCACUCACACGGAAAAGCUUUCAAAAAGGUUCUACCUCUUCACAAGAAAUAAAGAAAUGAAUUUUAAAAAUCCAACGCAGCUGCAUCAUAUCACAAGUUAUCCAGCACUCCAGUAGUGCUUGUGUUUUAUUGUGCUUGCUUUCAGGACUCAAAUGAAAGGCCAUGUAUGCUAUGAAAGGGUAGCCCUACGGUACUUUUGUUAUCUUCAUAUAUUUGCUGAUGGAAUGAUUAUUCCAGAAGAUGAACUGUCUAGGGAGUGUUGUGUUUUUAACGGUGCAUGUAUCAGAAUCGUUGAUGGACUGGAAAACAAAGAUACAUUUUUAAAAAGCUAAAAUACAUACCUCAGCAUCACUGGUUUUGGGAAGUAAAGGACAUCCAAGCCUCAGCCACAGAACACACACACAGCCUGUAUAUUUUUGCAUGGUUUUGGUAAGAAAUAAAUAAAAUAAGAAAUGUUGAAAUAGCUGCUUGCACAUAAUACCAGAUGAACCUCCAGCUCUGCCGUUUUGCUUCUUCAGUAGAGUAUAGGUUUGGUGAGGUUUCUAAAAAUGCUCUGUCUGUAUUUUGAUAAUUGUGCAUAUUCUGUAUAAAAAAACAAUGUUGGUGGACCCAUGAAAUGACCAGACUUUUUUUCUAAGGAAAAAAAAAACGUUGCUUUUCUGAAUUUAAUGACUUUCUACUCCUCUGUCAUUGCUUGCUAAGAAUAGCAAACCUGCUUUUUUCCCCCUGCAUCCGCUUUGCAUAGUUGUUGUAAAGCUUUAAACUAAUAUGUGUAUUUAUGCUUGUAACUUGUGUGAAGCCCUUCCUGGACCAUUUCUGUCUGCGAUAGGACUCGUGUGUUCUGCUCCCGUUCAGUAAGGACCAGGACACGCGUUCCCUUCGCUGUACAGUAAAUUUGAGCUGGAAAAAAAAAAAGAGAAAAAAAAGUUUCUGUUUAUGUAUUUGGUGUACAGAUGCCCUUUUUUCUUUUCAUCUUUUAUUGAGGUAAACUCAUUUUGAUACUUUUCAUUACUGUGUUGUGUCCGUACAGCAUAAGGAGUCAUGGUUUCUGUAACAGCUGUUAUUUCUUCUGUAUUCAUGGCUUUCUGCUGCUGAAUCAAAUAAAGGACCAAAAGCAGGGUUUGGAAAAGCAGCCAUCUCCCUCCCACACCAGGGACUGCACCUUUUUUCCUGUUUUUU